CAAGUCCCAACAAAAACUGACUCCUCUUCUCGAAGAAAGAGAAAAAUUUCCCGAGAAAAUCACGAAUUUUCUAGACAACCAAACACAAUUCAAACCCUAAAAAUCCUCAAAAUCUAGAUGUCAACCUCCAGCCAGCCGCAGUUCCGAUACACUCAGACCCCGUCGAAGGUCCUCCAUCUCCGUAACCUCCCCUGGGAGUGUGCGGAAGAGGAACUCGUCGAGCUCUGUAAACCCUUCGGCAAGAUCGUUAACACCAAGUGCAAUGUCGGCGCCAAUCGUAACCAGGCCUUCGUCGAAUUCGCAGACUUAAAUCAAGCCAUUUCGAUGGUUUCAUAUUAUGCUUCAUCAUCAGAACCUGCACAGGUUCGUGGUAAGACUGUGUAUAUUCAGUAUUCAAAUAGACAUGAAAUUGUCAACAACAAGAGUCCAGGAGAUGUUCCUGGAAAUGUUCUACUAGUAACUAUCGAAGGUGUAGAAGCUGGUGAUGUGAGCAUUGAUGUUAUUCACCUGGUUUUUUCUGCUUUCGGUUUUGUGCACAAGAUAGCCACUUUUGAGAAGGCUGCUGGUUUCCAGGCAUUAAUUCAGUUCACUGAUGCUGAGACUGCAUCUGCAGCAAGGAAUGCAUUGGAUGGGAGAAGUAUUCCCAGGUACUUGCUUCCAGAACAUGUUGGUUCCUGCCACUUGCGUAUCUCAUAUUCUGCGCACACAGAUUUGAAUAUAAAGUUUCAGUCUCAUCGAAGCAGGGACUACACAAAUCCCUACCUUCCUGUGAAUCCUACAGCAAUUGAGGGUGUUAUGCAGCCUACUGUUGGUCCUGACGGAAAGAAGAAAGAACCUGAGAGUAAUGUACUUCUUGCUUCAAUUGAGAAUAUGCAGUAUGCUGUCACAGUGGAUGUUCUCCAUACAGUAUUUUCUGCAUUUGGCACUGUCCAGAAAAUUGCUAUAUUUGAGAAAAACGGUGGAACACAGGCUCUAGUUCAAUAUCCCGAUGUCACAACCGCAGGACUUGCAAAAGAAUCUCUAGAGGGACACUGCAUAUAUGAUGGUGGCUAUUGUAAGCUUCAUCUAUCAUACUCUCGUCAUACUGAUCUCAAUGUUAAGGCUUACAGUGAUAAAAGUAGAGAUUACACUGUCCAAGACCCAACUUUGCUUGCUGCACAGCAGAUCCCUGGUGUCUCUGCCGCGCAACCUGUAUGGCAGAAUCCUCAGGCCCCGUCCAUGUACCCUGGGAGUGAGUAUGCAGCCACAGCUGCCGUGCAACCGCAAGUUCCCGGCGGACAAGUGCCAUCUUGGAAUCCAUCUGCACAGGCAGGAGCACCACCUUAUGUAUCAGUUGCUGGCACUUUUCCCAGUCAAACAUACCCACCAUCCUCAGUCCCUGCCUAUGCCACUGCACCGACACCUCCUGGUUCCUCACCCUCGUCACAAACUGGUAUGGCAAUGACUCAGCCAGGUGCUCAGCCUAAUGUACGACCAGGUGGUGCAUCACCACUGGGUAACCCUCCUUAUUAUAAUCGAUGAGGUUGUAUCUCUUCCGCCUUUAUAACUUGUGGCUUUUUCAGCAUUUGUUUUUGGUGCAAUUGACUCUUUACAAAUUCUCCUCUGAUCUUAUAAUGACGAUUGGAAAUCAUUUUCUUGUU